AUGACAUACGCUGCAAGAAACAAUAACUGUUUAUCUUUUAACAGCUACAAAAAAAACGUCGCACUCAAGCGUCGGAUUUCAUAUGUUGAACAUGAGCUAGAACGUCUGAAGAAAUCUCGGAAUGACAAUGCUCACAUUGGUACACGAAUUCUGGAAGACCCGGAAACGCUUAAUGAAGAAGCAGUUUUCGAUGGAAUACCUUGGAUGGAGAUACCUUCAUUCACGAUUAAGAUGCCGCCUGGUGAUGAUGAAAGAAGUCAACUUAAUAUUGUGCGCAAGGAUGGGUAUCUUUUAUGGACAGAAUCGGUAACAGUGAUAGAAGGGAAAGGAAACAUUCAAAACACGACAAGUCACAAAGAUGCAAUGAGUCAAGUCUGUGAUAGACACAUGGAAAUUUUGAAGCAGCAACGUUUAAGAAAUUUUGUUUUUGGCAUUGUUCUGGAUUGCCGAUGUGUAGAAAUUAUACAGUUUGAAGUAGCGCGCCGGCAUUUUUACAUUACAGAACUGGACGCCUUCCACUAUUUGCUCCUAAUGGAACACCAGGAUGGACAAAAUGUGAGGAUAGAUAAGGCAAUAAUUUUAAAGGAAGGGUAUGAUCUCCUACAUCAUGAACAAGAAAUUUUGAGCAGAUUGACGCAUCCACGUAUAAUUAAAUUACAUGGCGUUAAUUUAGUUAUGUCAAUAGGUGCUUCUUAUGCACUUCCGUUAUAUCCACGUG